AUGUCACUUGAAUUAAGUCCACCAGAAUGUGUUCGUGGUAUGAAGGAAUUAAUAGAUCGCAAUGCGUUUGAAAGAAACGUCGUUGUUCCCGGUUUGAAAAUUGAUGCUAAACAUUGCUCAAUCCUUUUAAAACAGUUGAACAAAUGUCUGCUUAAUCAGCCAAAAUUAAGAAACAUUGUCCCCGAUACUGAGGAUAAUUCAAGGAAGAAGAUUGUUUUAUUAAAUCCAAACGUUUCAUUAACCGAAGGGGACGAGGAACUGUUAAAGAAGUGCAAUUGUGAAAGGGUACAAUAUGAGCUUAGUUUGGAUUAUGAAUAUUGGAAUUCUGAUCAAGUCCUGAGGGCUGUACUGCCUGAAGAUAUUGGGGAAGUCACUACUGCGUUUGAAAGUGUUGGUCAUAUUGCACAUAUGAAUUUGAGGGAGUGCCAGUUGAGUUAUAAGCAGUUAAUUGGUAAGUCGUUAAGGCCUCGGGCCAGACUGUAAAGUAUUACUUUUGUGCGGGCAACGUUUCCAUUGUAAAUGGCAGUUGCACGGAAAUGAAUGCAGAACAUUUGAGAGUGGUUGCAUAACUUCCACAAAUAUAUGCCACUAUGGGGAUGUCGGGCAGAAAAAUUCAGAGUUUUCUCUACCUUUUCGCAAGGCCCAACACGUAUAAAGCUUGACAAAAUAAAUCAUUAGUUAGAGCUGAGCACUCCCAUCGGUUAAUAUCGAUUGAUCGUAUUGAUAAGUAAUUUAAAUAUGACACCAUGUCAAUGGUGGUUUGACAGGUUUGUAAAUUGUAAUUAAACUUUUUACUAAAUUUUUGGGGGUUGCACAGUCAGUAUAAAUGUUUAAAAUCUUCGUUUAAACGUUAAUCACAAUUAUAGAUCUCGCACUCUUUACCACUUCGCACAAGAGACAUGCAUGAAAAGACAGAAAUGAUAUUAAGGAUGUUGAAAUGACACUUUAGUUGUUUACCUACAUGUAAAUUUGUGAGACUUGGACUUUUAUGGAUAUUUGGUUUAUAUUCGCAUGCUGCAAUGUUGGAUGUAAAUGGUAAUAUUAAUGCCACUGGUAAAAUAUCCAUGGGUCAUUCCAGAAAAGAUCCAUACCCCCCUACGGAGGACAUCGAAAAUAACCCCCUCCCCCCCUUCAGACAUCCUUGAAUGGUUCAUCCUCCCCCCCUCUCCGGACAUCAAAGCCCAAAAUUACCCCCCUCCCCUUCGGACAUCCACUAUUUCUAAAAUUUUUCUAAAGGCUACCUCGCCGUUUGAAAACGUCACCGAAAAUUAGACUGCGUUCACACUACGCGCGAGCGAACUAAUGCGGGCAGAAUUUACGUGUGUUCACACUACCGCCAUUACAGUUUGUUUACAAAUUGAAUUAGCACUCGUGUAAACCCAAAAUAUUUCAAAUAGACCCAAGAAAUUUAACUGAAAAGCAUUCGAGUUUACACGUUUGUGUUCACACGAAGCUGCAUUCCUUCACCUCGCCCUUAAUAUGAAAGCCAUUUCUAUUUUCUAGACACGCACCUCGCAAGGAAGCUUUAUUGACUAUAUACUAAAACAAAUUGUUUUGAGUUCAGUUCACAUAGCAGUCUCUUAAUUCGAGCAACAGUUUAAUAACUAUUAUUUUUAACACUUGAAUAAUUCAAACUUAUAUAUACGAACGAUAACUGCAAAACUUUACUUUUAUAUAAAUAAAGCAUGUCAAUUUUCGACUCAUUCUCAACAUACAGCGAGUUAGUUUUUGGUGGCCAUGCAUGCAAAAGUGGGCCGCUUAUUUUGCUUACGAGUUACGUAGACGUAUAAUUAUUGCUGUUACAUAAACGUUCCGGUGUUCAAGAGCUACAUAUAGCCGAUAAAAAUUGCGUGCUCAUUAAAUCGCCGAUCACAUAGCUUUAUCACAGUCUCAAACCUUCAGACAAACAUAUCCACAUUCCUCUCCCCCCCUUCGGACAUCCUAACACAUUUUUCCUCUCCCCCCCCUUCGGACAUCCUAAGACAUUUUUCCUCCCUCCCCCUUCGGACAGCAAAAAUUUCCUCCGUGGGGGGUAUGGAUCUUUUCUGGAACGACCCAAUCAGACUACGGUAAACUUUGCAUGCUUUGCAUGAAAUUGAUAUUACCCACAAUGUUUUGAAUAAAUUUGUCAUUUAAUGUUUAGUUAGAUAGUAAAAACUUUAUUUAUACAUGCUGUCCCUGUUAACCGAAGCUGAUUUCCACAAGGGGCGUGUACAAAGAGUUUUGCUUUCCCUAAUUUUCAUUGGAAUAAAAUUCCAAAGGUAUGGUCAAUCAUAGAGGAAACUAUUUUUCAUAUUGUUAGUAUGCAGACUUGGUAAACUAAGACCACUUGAAAUUUCCCGAAGAUUGUAAUUAGUUUUCUCACUUUUGUAUGAAAAAGUGAUUUGGGACCCAUUUUAUUUAACACUUUGUACAUCAUUUUUGCCUUAGCUUUCUUCUUUGGUUCCCAGCCUAGUGCAUGUAAAGCAAUAGUAAGAAUGAUUUACAUCAUUGUUCAUAUCCAUAAUAUAACUCUAGUUUCAAUUGUUUCAAUCACAAUCUUGUUGCAUUGAGAAGUCAUUCGCGCAUCACACUGUGUGGUGUUAUAGAUGAUCCGAUUACUGUUUUAAAAGCAUAAUCGACUGGAAAAUUAAUCGGGAGCAGCUCUUUUUGUAAGAUUUUCUUGAAAAUGCACAGACAGAAAUUCAGCUAAAAUUUCUGUGUGGGGAAUACAGGCCAAACAUUAGUCUGGGCCUCUGAUAUUUUGUCAUUAUUGUUUAUUGACCAUUUAACAUGAUAUUGCAUCACUGAAGAUAUCAGUACAUGUAUGUGCCAAUUUCACCUGUAUGGAAUUAGACUUUUUUAUGUGCAUGUACAUGCAUGUGCACCAAAUGCUAGUCUAGUAAAUAUAUUGCUGUAUUCAUGUACUGGACAUGUCUGCGUACAUAUAUACGUUCCAUACAGUAAAUAUAUAAUUUAUGUGCUAGUAGGCCUAUAUAGUUAAUGUUUGGAAUCUGAGUUUGUGUAGCAAAGUGCUUUAUUUGCAUGAAAAUAAAGAAUUUUUUUUAAAUAAUGAAAAUUUUUGGCCUAAGGGACUGAUGCAAUCAAAAUACAUGAUUAUUAUUAAAUCAUUGGAUUGAAAACUAACUGUUCUACGUAAACCAGACAUUGAAAAAUCAAAAGUCUGCAAUAGGGUAGGGGGAAGAAGUCACAAUCACAGGACAAGUCAGCAAAGUGGGAUGGAAUCUAUUUGUCCAUGGUCACUUACAGAAUAUCAGCAAAUAGAUUAAAGCCCUGGGCAAACUAGGAAACAUUGUUGUGGAAACAUUUGUGAUUCUCGAUGUUUCCUCAAAUGUUUCCCUGUUUGCCCACCCGUGGAAACGUUGUUUCCUGAGAAGCAAAAAUGUUUCCUAGCGAAUUCAGAAACAUUUGAUGUUUUCCUAGUAUGUUUCUCGCUAAUGUUUCCUAGUGUUUGCCCACUCUGGAAAACAUGGUGAAACAUUGGCAGGAAACAAUGUUUCCGCAACAAUGUUUCCUAGUUUGCCCAGGGCUUAAGGCUCUUCAUUGUUUGAUGGUCAAGGUAAUGCCGUGGUGCUUUAAUCUUUAUCAUGUACAGAGUGACUGUAGUUUGGACACAGACCAUGGCAGCUUAGGUAGUGUUUUAAGGUUUAACCCUUUGAUCUCCAAGACUUUUAACGAGUCUGGCAUUAGACAGUACUGUCCGUCCGGUGCAUUUGGGUGCAUUGCAGCUUAAUGGGUUAACUUAACCAAUGCCAACCCAUGCAUCCUCUUAACCCUUUAAGUGGCAAUGCACCCUAAUGUGCACCCUACUUUAAUAUAUUACUCUGUCUAACGCCAUCUGGAGUAUUUUACACUGUCUAACACAGGGUCUGAAAUUUGCAGUAUCCCAAUAUCCACGGGAUACUAAUAUUUGGUUUUGGACACCAAUUUGUGAAUGACUUAUAUCCCAACUGGAUACUAAGAAAAUUUCAAACAUAGGAAAAUGUUAAGCACCUCUGACAGUCUCCAGAUAGCUUUUGAAUACUAUGAGUUUGCCAUCCAAGCCUUUCCUCAUAUUAUUUUUGUGUAUUAAUGAAUUGUCUAGUUGUUGACUGUUGAAUCUCCUGUUAUUAUCAGUGCCGUAGCCAGCUCGAUAAUUGGGGAGGGGGGCAGAAAUUCAUAUAUUCGUGUUCUGCGUUAUUAAUUUCUUUUGAAAUCGAUUGUUUUUAUGGUCUGUGAACACGAAUAUAUGAAUAUCUGCCCCCCCCCCCGCCCCCCAAUUAUCGAGCUGGCUACAGCACUGGUUAUUAUUGUAAUUUGUAACAGCAAGAGUUAUUUGGAUGGGACAGGGUAUAAUACUGUAGUUAUGGUAAGCAGAAUGAUCCAGAAGUGGGAUACUGGAUUCUCAGGGGGGUAGGUACUAAACUUUGAAUCCUUGUAUCCCAGUUGGAUACUGAGGAACAAUUUAAAUUUCAGACCCUGCUAACGCCAGAGUAUUUUACUCUGUCUAACGCAUAGAUAUCUUAUAUACACUAGAUAGUGCAUCUAAUUAUUCUGCAAUUCAAAAAUUAAAGCCGUGAUUGCAGACUCAGGAUAUUCCCAUGAAAUGAGAAGACUCGUAUGUUUUCUAUUUCUUAAACAGGGAACUUAUAAACAUUUAGUUAAACCUAUUCCAAAUACAUUUUCAAACUAUUCAAAUGAUGAAAGUUAUUGUUGUUUUUUAAGCGUUGAUUAGCGAGUGGAAAACUCCACAUGGCCGCCAUCUAUUCAAAUGGGGUUAACCGCUGGAAUAUUCUUGGCUUCAAUUUUACUAACAGAGAUGCGCUAUCUAGUGUAUAUAAGAUAUCUAUGGUCUAACGCCAGGCACAUAGCAUUGGCAGUAACAUAUGUUAACUAAAGAUACAUAGCAUUGGCAGAUAAUUUUGUUAACUCAUUGAUGUAUUGAGUAAAAUAUUCUGGCGUUGGACAGAGAAAAAGGAUUAAGUUACUGAAGAUGCAUAUUUGGCACAUUUCAGCCUAAUGGGUUAGUGUAAGCAUUGAGGGAAGAUUGUUGUGCCAUGCAUGCAGUGAAAUAGCCUUUAGCCAUGACCACUGGCCAAUGUAUUAUUUUCAGCUCUCUGAUUUAAGGUCAAGUGAUUUUGGACAAAAACUCUCCUCAAAUCAAAACAGUAGUGAAUAAAGUGAAUGCAAUCGAUGAAACGUACAGAUUUUUCCAAAUGGAACUUUUGGCUGGAGAAAACAACAUGAUCACGAUAGUAAAAGAACAUGGUUGCAGUUUUUCUUUUGAUUUCUCGAAAGUUUACUGGAACUCGCGGCUACAAAGUGAACACAAACGGUUGGUCGACAUUUUCCAAAAGGAUGAGAUUGUCUGUGAUAUGUUUGCCGGCGUGGGGCCAUUUGCAAUCCCGGCUGCCAAAAAGGGUUGCCUCGUCUAUGCUAAUGACUUGAAUCCUGAAUCGUAUGCAGCACUCGUGAAAAACUGUAAGCUAAACCAUGUUGAAGAAAGAGUAUAUUGUUUUAAUAUGGAUGCCAAAGAAUUUUUUAGUCAUUUGUUGCAGAAAAAUAAGGAAUUGUGUUUGGACCACGUCAUUAUGAAUCUGCCAGCAACUGCAGUUGAUUUCCUUGAUGUGUUUAAAGGAGUUUACAGUACGGUAGCAGUUAAAUGUACUGCUAAACUACCAAGGGUUCACUGCUAUUGUUUUUCGAAGGCCGAAGAUACAGUUUUGGAUGCAAUGAGCCAGAUUUCGUCACAGCUAGGUGUGGCAAAGUUGGAGAAUUGUGAGGUGUACAGUGUACGAAAUGUUGCUCCCAAGAAAAUGAUGAUGUGCGUGUCGUUUGAAUUGCCGCAUGAUGUAGCAUUUGCUAGGAAGAGGGAUCAGAGUGCUGUAG